AAAGGAGCAAUUUUCUCUAGAAAAAAGGAGGGCGACUAAUAGAGUAGGAGCAGACUCCGUCGCCGAUUUCCAAACCCCCAAAUUCAUUUGAAACGCCCUUUUUUCUACUGCGUAAUUAUAUACGCAUUGAGCGGGUUAGUGUUUUUAGUGUCUAUGUCUAUAUACAGUCAUUAUACACCCAUCUCUCUCUUUCACUCUGUUUCUUGUUCAAUCUACCUCGUCAAGAGCCAUGACUUUGCCAUCUUGCUUUUACUAACUUUCUUCGAUUCCACUCGUAUGUUGUUAAUUAUUUCAUCAUCUCGUUCCACACCCAUAGCAGUGUGAGAUUCUGAGAAUCACAGCACCGGAGGACUGCCGGAUAUGAAAGCGCCGGUGAGGGAGGUAAUGGAUUCUGAAAGGGCGCAGCAAUGGAGGUCAGUAGAUUCCAAGUCCGAUCGCCCUUUCAAGAAAAUCAAAAGUUCUGCUCCGAAUCUUUCUCCUCUGUUCGGGUUGGAAGGAGGAGGGCAGUCAAUGGAUAAUUUACGGUUGCUGAAUUUACAAAUGCUCUCUUCCUCAUAUCAGCAGGGUGGCCCUUACCCACCUCCGCCGCCGCCGGCAUAUUUUCCCGGUGACCGGAACUCAUUCCCGAAGCAACCCCAGAAUAAGCUUCUGACUCGACCUCCUACAAAAGUGUACAGGGGAGUGCGGCAGAGGCACUGGGGGAAAUGGGUAGCGGAGAUUCGGCUCCAGAAAAGCAGGGCGCGCAUCUGGCUCGGGACCUUCAGCACCGCCGAAGAAGCCGCCAUGGCUUACGACCGGGAAGCUUAUAAGCAGAGAGGAGAGAAUGCUCAGCUCAACUUCCCCGAACUCUUUCUUGGCUGCAAUGACCGAGAUGCAUCAUCAUCCGUGGGUCCCAGAUCGUGUGAAAACACCGCGCCGGUGGUUUGCCCAACGCUGCCGCUUACGGCGGAGGUGGAGCCGCGGCCGCUGCUUAGCCAAACAGCAUCUUCCGGUCAUUCUUCUGAAUAUGUGUGGGCUGGUUUAGUACAUGGAAUCGGAGGUGGCUUGUUCUGAGGAAUUUUAACUUUGGAUAAUUUAUGUAGCAGUUAAUGAUAAUAAUAUCAUGAUUUUCAUCACCAUGACACAAAUAAGUCUUACUUUAAUUUGAAUCUAAGUUUAAGAAAGUGGAAGUGUAUGGUUAAGGUCGAGUAAGAAAAAAGUAAAGUAAUGUUAGUCACACAAAACUUUUCAAAAAGAGAAAUGAGAACAAUUUUUUAGAACGACUCAAAAAGGAAAGUGAGACUUAUUUUAUGAGACGGAGGUAGUAUAAUAUUAAUAGUAAUACUAGCAUCAUGAUAUUAACAACCACAGUAACAUUAAUAAUACUCCAUCUUUAACAUUUUAGCAGUGUUCACUUUUCUGUUAUGAAGCUUUUUUUUGUACUCCCUAUUAGUUAUUCUCUUCAUAUUUGAAAACUUUUCUCUUUUAGUUGUAUUGAGAGAAACUUAGAUUAGUAAUGACAUUUGUGUAAGCAUUUUGGGAAUCGUAUUCACUUGUUUAAGUGACCUGUUCAAAUUCAGAGGUUUGGGUAGCAUAUGAUACAAUUUUGUGAUGUAUUAUAAGUCAAGUAGAUAAUGACAUUAUUAUCUUUUCAUAGUUGUACCUUUCAUUGCUAAUUUGCUUGUAUAACUUUAUUACUCUUUCUUAUUUCUUAUACUAUACUCCGUAUCAUAUUUAUUACUUCUAUAACUUCAAUCUUGAUUUUAGUAAAAUGUGCUACAACAUCAUGUGCUUCAACUUCAUGUCAUAUACACUAUCAUUUAGAACUUGAGAGAUACAAUUAUAAAUUAUUUGUGGGUCAAUUCAUGGUCCAAUUUUGAAGACGGUAGAUUGAUGUCUUCACAUGGAAGAGUAAAUGUUGAGGUUCCAAUGUGAUGUAGAACGCGCUUGGCUGAGCAAAUUGAAGCAGAGGUGGAACUUCGAAAAGGGAAGCGGGAACUAUGCAAAUUUGGCAUGAGUGUCAAAAUGAGCCUCAUAGUAGUUUGGGUUUUAAAUUUAUGUUUUGUGCCUUUUUAAAUUCUUACUUUCUCAGAAUUUAUUUAGUAUUUAAGUCUGCUAAUUACUUUGUUAUGGAUAUCACACAUUCCUGA